AUAUAUAAAUAUAUAUAUGUACUUAAAAAUAAUUUGUUGAUAUACAUACGAUGUUUAACGUUACGCAGUAUGCUUCGAUCAAUCGAGUUUCUUUUGGUACUCUCUCUCUCUCAUUUUCCUCCCUUGUUACAUGCGCUUUUCUUUGUUCUCGUAUUCUUUGUUCCUCGGUGGUAACAUGACAAUAGACGCAUAUCCAGUCGAACGACCUAAUAAAUUUAAGAGGAAACGACAUUCUUCAGUACGAAAUUUUCACUAAUCGUUCUUAUCAAAGGUGGUCGGUGUACGUAAUAAUUUAUGGGAUACGGUGGCCUAUCCUGUAGAGAAAAAUAACAAAAAAAAAAUGAAGAAGAAGAUGAAGAAACUGUUCUAGUACUGUAAUUUUCUAUUUAUUCCUUUUAUACGAGCGCGACUAAAAUUAACUGUAUUUUCGUAAUUCACCCAAGAGUUUCGUUACAGUGCCAUUGCCUGAUCUAUUUCUGUUCUAUCGAAACGUUGAAUGCCGAUCGAUUGUAUAAUCUGAACGAUGAUCGAUACGUUCAACUUUCCAAAAAAGGGGACACUGACCCGCCGCUUUUCCCUGGUAGAUUCGAGUUACAUUUAAUAUCGCGAAGAUUUAUAUAAAUGAUAAGAGGAUACUGUACAUAACACUGUUGAUAUAAUCUUACUACCCAUGUAAUAGUCAUUAUAUAACAAAAGAAUAAAAAUUAACUUAACUGAGACCCGACCGAGGCCCCCUUUACUCUCACGUCGCCUGGAAAUCUGCUCGAACGAGAUACCAGCUAGAACCGUGUUACAAUAAACUGUUUUUAUAAUUACAGUGUACGCGCGUUUAACGUGCGAGGAAUGAAGAUCGAUUAAGAAUCACUUGUGCGCGAGGUAUGACCGCUAUGUAUCAUCGAUGAAGAAGCUUAAAAAAAAGUCGGACAACGCGAGAGGCGGCGGGACGACGAUCAUCAAGCCGGCAGUCGCGGCGAACGCGACCGGAGAUGCGUCACCGACCCGCGUCUGUAGAGAUUUUCUGCGUAACGUCUGCCACAGGGGUAAACGUUGCAAGUACCUCCACGAACGGUCCGAGGACGACCCCGUGGAGGAGUACACGUUCUGUCACGACUUUCAAAAUGGUAUGUGCAACUGGCCCGGGUGCAAGUUCCUCCACUGCACGGAGAGCGAGGAAAAGAGGUUCAGAGCCACGGGCGAGCUGCCCGCUCACAUCUUAAGCAGGCUCAAGAACAACAACGAAAAGUCGGAGUAUCCGAUGUGCAAGGACUUCAUCAAGGGCAGCUGCCAGAGGCCGCAUUGCAAAUUCAGACACUGGAAGAGCGAGGAACCGCAGCACAAUUUGAUCGUGGCCGCGCAUCACAACGCGUCCAGGCCGCAGCACAACUUCAACGGCACCAGUAAUGGUGAAACUCGCAGAUACGAGGAGGACAGAAGCUUUCACUGGCAAAUGGAGGAUCAACACAAUCUAGCGACGAACAACGGUUACAACCCAUCUUCGCAUCCGGCCGACUACAUAGGACCUCCCGAACCAAAGAGGCGGAUAUUCUCCGGCGAGACCGUCGUUCAUUUCGAAGGCUCGCCGCUCGUAGGUCAACACGCCGCGCAACCGGUCACCCCUGGCUACUAUUAUCCGGUGAUACCGCGUAACGAGGCCAGGGCGAUCGUUCUCGAAGACGAAAACGUGUUGCUGAGAAAGAAGAUAGAGGAAUUGAAAAAGCAAGUCAGCGAUCUGACGGCGACCAACGAGUUUCUUCUGGAUCAAAAUGCCCAACUGAGAAUGUCAGGGAAUCGAACCGCGAACGUGACCGCCGUCACCGUGCCGGCGGUCACCAUUACGAACACCGUCCCACCGUCGCAGGCCCCGACGCCUCAGCAGAUGGUGAACGCGGCAGUGGCCGCCGGCACCUUGCGUACGGUCACUGCUAGCGUCGCGACCGUUCCCGUAAGUAUAGCCACGGUCGCUCCUGUUUCCAUUUCAGCGGUGUCGAUGGCGCCGGUCUCGAUGCCACCGCCGAUCGUCACGAUGGCUCAGCAAACGAUCACGAUGAGCGGUUCAGGUCCCCAGGCGACUAAUCAACAGCCACCUAACACGCAGCAGCCUGCCAGCUUACCUCUCGCGAUAUCCGGUGCUACAGCCCCGUUGGUCUCUUAUCCUAUCAUGACUCAAGAACUCAGGCCCGUGUUGCAGUAAACCUGGUCGCAGGAUGCGGCCUCGUUGCGUUCGGAGGUACAUGACGUUGGAAAUAUCCCACUGAUCACGACACGCGGCGUGUCAGAUAUUUACGUAGAAACUCGUAGAGGAAUAAUCAUCGUACAGGACAAACGUAAAGAUCAUGACUAUUUUUUUUAGCACGGCUCGAACAAAACGUUCGCGUCGUUACGUUCAGUGAUUCACCUCGCGAGAGGUGAUCAUCGCGCGUUACUACCUGUAUUAACAUGUUUAAUAUACGCGGUACAAAGUGUGUAUAGAUUUACAUACGAAUAAUUGAUGAGAGAAGCGUCUGGAACCAUAUUGAAUGCUUAAAAAUGCUUAAUCACGACGACGGUGAUGCACGGAUAACUUUUUUUUUUAGGUAAUUUUUUGUAUCGUUGAAAGGAGGAGGAAGACGGUUUGUAAAAUUUGUAGGUAAGAAACGUGUUUAGGAUAAGUAUACGAAACAAGAAUAAAACGUGAAAGUAAAUGAUGAACCAUAUUGAAACGUUCGAAGUCGAGGUUUACCGCUGCUUCGGGAACGGUAGUGAACCCUACGAAUGUUCUGUACGUACAUCAACGCUGUAAAUAGUAUUCCGUUGCUUCCUCGUUUUCUCAUAAACAAUUUUUAUACUUCCACUUUAAUGAAUAAGUUAAAUAUCCCUUUGAGAUAGUGACACUUCAAUAAAUUAAGUACUUAUCAGGUUAGAUUUCCUCUCUAUGUCUGUCUGUCUGUCUGUCUGUGUCUCGCACGUUUUUAUCAUUUUACUUGCUUUGCGAGUGGAUCGUCUGCGUUCAAUAGGUGAUGGAACGCAAAGCGGAUUUAAAUACCUGGCCUGGCGUAAACGUAAGAAUGAGGUACACACGGAUCGUGUGGGCGUACUACAAACCAAAUAAACUUAUAUCUGUUUUUCGAGCCACACGUCACUCGUGCGUCCGUCGGCAUAUAUGUAUGUACAUAUUUUGCGUAAUUAGUAUUAAAGGAAGGAAGAAAGAAAGAAAGUUGAGCAAUAAGUACUAUUUUAUAUAUAUAAUAGGCAAAUGUAUAAUCUUUUAUGUACGGCCUUCUGUUCACGAGCACGUCAUUAAAGUGAUGAAUCUCAACUUAA